GCCGCGGAGCAGCUGCAGUUGGCGCUUCUGCUUAUUUUCGUGCCGAGGUUGGCCUCUGAGUGUUACAGUGAUUGUAUGAAUGCGGUCAAGCUCCACAACAAAGGCCCCCUCGAACAAACCUCCCCGCAGCAAAGGUACGGAGGUCUCAGGCGAGGCGCCCUGGUCCAUAUGUGUGAUAAUAAGUUUGCCCCAGCUGUUCACACGCCUGCGCACCGCAAGCUUGAAGCGAUAGAUGCGCUGGCUCAACCAGAGCGUAGGAUUGGCCAGGCCAACUGGCGAGCAGAUCUCGAGGCCAAGAAGGCCAUCGAUCUGCAUGCGCGCCCGUCGGAGGCUGAAGCCAAGCAGUUAGAUUGGACCAUCGGCCAGAUGCGCAAGUGCACACGGCUGAUGGCGAGCGUGCUGCCGCUGUUUCCUCGUGCGUCUCACCAGCGGCCACCCAGACGUGGGAGACCCACGAAGGUUUUUGACAAGGCCACGUCGUGGCAUGCCUGGCAGCGGAGCCUCUGGGGGUUUCGGCGCACCAAGUGUUUGGUCUUCUUCGGAGGACGACAGCACGAGCGCCCUGAGCUUGGAUGCGAAGGUUUCCCUGAGAGAGUGGCCGAGCUCCUGGUCUCUGCCCCCGAUCACGCACACAAGCUGGCGAGUGCCCAGGUUGGAGACGAGCCCAACCCGUUGUUCUUUUGUCUGGCCUGCGGAGCGUACUCGCAGCACGAGAUUCGCAGUUCCGCUGCCAGCCUGGCAGCAUUCGCAGCGGUGGCCAAGUGUUGUCUCGGCUGCGCAGAGGGCUUCAUCCUUUGCGCUGCGCGGCAGUCUCCUGUGCUGAACCUGAAGAACAGGUGGCGAGGCAGCAUGUCCCAGGCGUUAGAGGCGCGGCUCAAGGUCCACCGCCACUCUCUGCCAGGGGACAUCCACACGUGCGGCAUGGCGGCGUCCACCGAGCAUCUGGCUGGAUCACAGGCGGCGAUGGCUAUGAAGCACGGGUUUGCUAGGAAUGCCGGUCCGCGCGUGUGCGAGUCGACGCUGACUACGGCCAUGGUCGGUGUCGCCCAGGCGCGUAUUCAUGAGCGGUUCGUGUCGGGUCCACCUGCAAUGGGGACUCAUAUCGCAUCCGGCGAUCCCCUUCACGUGCCGAAUGCUCGAGCUUACGUGAAGUCGGCUCCUGUGAACUUCCAGCGCAGUAGCAUCUCGCGCGACGUCGCCCAGAGGCUGUUGCAGGCCGUCCCAGAUGCCGAGCUGCCACGGUCUGCCAUGGCCGUCGAGAAGUCCGUGCACGUGGAGCACCUCAAGAUUCACGCGGCCAAGUCGAAGACCCUUGUGCAGGAGGGCUUGAAGAGGCUGGACGUCAUCAAGGGCGACGGCCACCUCUCGCUUACGACGCUCCAUACUCACAUGCGGGAGGUCACAGGGGCGGUGGUGGCCGUGGAGAAAGAGGUGGG